AUGCAAACAGACAAUGCUACACGAAUUUCAGAAUUUCUUCUUCUCGGAUUUUCAGAGGAGCCAGCAUUGCAGCCCCUCAUAUUGGGGCUUUUCCUCUCCAUGUACCUGAUCACUGUGUUUGGAAACCUGCUCAUCAUCUUGGCCAUCACGUCAAACUUCCACCUCCACACACCCAUGUACUUCUUCCUCUCCAACCUGUCCUUUGUAGACAUCUGUUUCACCUCCACCACCAUCCCAAAGAUGCUGUGGAACAUCCAGACCCAGAGCAAAGUCAUCACCUAUGAAGGCUGCAUCACUCAGAUUUAUUUUCUCAUACUCUUUGCAGUGCUGGACAUCUUUCUCCUGACCGUGAUGGCCUAUGACCGGUUUGUGGCCAUCUGUCACCCCCUGCACUACAUGAUCAUCAUGAAUCCCCGGCUCUGUGGACUGCUGGUUCUGGUGUCCUGGAUCAUGUGUCUCCUGAAUUCUUUGUUACAAAGCUUAAUGGUGUUACGAUUGUCCUUCUGCACAAACUUGGAAAUCCCACACUUUUUCUGUGAACUCAAUCAAAUGAUCCAACUUGCCUGUUCUGACACCUUUCUUAACAACAUGGUGAUGUACUUUGCAGCUGUCCUGCUGGGUGGUGGUCCUUUUGCUGGUAUCAUGUACUCUUACUCUAAAAUAGUUUCUUGCAUACGUAGGAUCUCAUCAGCUCAGGGGAAGUAUAAAGCAUUUUCUACCUGUGCUUCUCACCUCUCCGUUGUCUCCUUAUUUUAUUGCACGAUGCUAGGAGUGUACCUUAGCUCUGCUGCUACCCACAGUGCACACUCAAGUGCAACAGCCUCAGUGAUGUACAGCGUGGUCACACCCUUGCUGAACCCCUUCAUCUACAGUCUGAGGAACAAAGACAUGAAGAGGGCUCUGAAAGCAAUGUUUGUGAAGGGAACUGUAUAA